UAUUUUAUUAUGGGGAUUACAUUAGUUGAGGAAAUGGAAAAAUUCCAAUUACUUGAAAAAAUUGGAAUGAAAUUGAAUUCAGAAUUUGUUGAGAAAUUUGGGGUUGUUUCAAUUUGUUUUAUACUGUCAUAUUUGUUGGUCAAACAUGUUUGGAGCUCUGUAAAGAUGGAAAAAGAACCUACCAGGGUGCUUGUUACUGGUGCUGCAGGACAAAUUGGUUACGCGUUAGUCCCUAUGAUCGCGAGAGGGCUGAUGCUCGGACCAGACCAAGCUGUAAUUCUCCAUCUGCUCGAUAUAGAACCAGCUGCAGAGGCCUUGAAUGGUGUCAAAAUGGAACUAAUUGAUGCUGCAUUUCCCCUCCUCAAAGAUGUUAUAGCCACUACCGAUGUCAUGGAAGCCUGUGAAGGUGUUGACAUAGCGAUAAUGCUAGCCGGGUUUCCUAGGCAGGAAGGAAUGGAAAGGAAAGAUGUCAUGUCAAAGAAUGUAUCCAUCUAUAAAGCUCAGGCUUCUGCACUUGAACAACAGGCUGCUGAAAAUUGCAAGGUGUUGGUGGUUGCAAACCCUGCUAAUACAAAUGCACUCAUUUUAAAGGAAUUUGCACCUUCGAUUCCUGAAAAAAACAUUACAUGCCUUACAAUGCUGGAUCAUAACAGAGCAAUUGGUCAAAUUGCUGAGAAGCUUAAUCUUCAUGCUAGUGAUGUAAAGAAUGUCAUAAUUUGGGGAAAUCAUUCUUCGACACUAUAUCCAGAUGUAAAUCAUGCAACUGUCACUACAACCGAUGGAGUAAAGCGUGUUCGAGAACUUGUAGCAGAUGAUCAUUGGUUAAACAAGGAAUUAAUCACUACAGUACAGCAGAGGGGUGCAGCUAUAAUCAAGGCAUGGAAAUUGUCAAGCGCGUUGUCAGCUGCAAGUGCAGCUUGUGACCACAUUCGCAAUUGGGUGCUUGGAACAAACAAGGGAUCGUGGAUUUCGAUGGGAGUGUACUCCGAUGGCUCUUAUGGUAUCCAACACGGUCUUAUCUACUCCUUUCCUGUGACUUGCAAGAAUGGAGAAUGGUCUAUAGUACAGGGGCUAAAGAUCGACGAGUUUUCAAGAGCAAAGAUGGAUGCAACAGAGAAGGAGCUCAUUGAGGAGAAAGAACUAGCAUAUUCUUGCCUCGGCCAAUCAAUCUAAGCUCAUUCAAGCUGUCAUUUUCAGCAAUGAUAAUUCAAGCUGUCAAGUUUAGUGGUCUACAUAUAUUCCAUGUUAAUUAGCUUGUUACAUAUUUACAUACAUUUAACGUUAAAUUGGGUUUAAAAAAAAAUGGUAUACAGCUCAAUGCAUUUACAAAUUAAAUUUGUUCUUAGUUCAUCAUGGCCUGCCUCCAUUUAUAUCUUAGCAGGAUAUUUAAGCUCUUACUGGCAAAAUUCAUCUAGAAAUUAAUGUCAGAACUACCUAAUACACAUUAUGUUCUUGGUAGUUGAUAGCUUGUAUUAAUUGUAAUUUUUACUCUAAUAAGUUUCUU